UGAGUUUUGUAUUGUGGCGCCAAGUGCACCGGUCGCUUCAGCAAUCUGCAUUAUCGACCCUGCUUGUUUACAAUUUUGAACCCUACUCUAUUGUCUUUUCAUGCCCCCUCUUUUUGUGUACUCCAAGAACACAAACACCACUAAUCUUUUCAACGCGGUUUUAAUUAUUUAAUUUCGAGUUAACGACAAAACCAUCAACACUGCCACCAUAACCUCACUUAUCAUAACAAGCAUGGAGUUAGAAGACACCAUGGCCUCUUUAAGACUGAACGACUCCCUAAAAAGCCCGGAGUCCGACAAAGCCCCCCCACAAGUCGAAAAAUCCGACGAAGAGCCCCGUCGAUCCACUCGCUUCAAAUCCCGUAAAAACUACACAGAGAAGCGGCGAGUGUACACGAAACCGACUAAACUCAAAGACGACACGGUACAUAUCAAAACCUACUACCUCGAUAAAAGUAUUAAAAGACUGAGCCCCCCGUUAGAGACGAUAUAUGAAGACAACAACGACGAGAAGUGCCUGCGGUCGUUUUUAAGAACACUUAGUAAUAGUUGCAAGAAUACGAAGAAAAGAAAAAUGAAAGAGAAAGGUGUGUCGGCGCAGCAACGCAAAAUGAACAAGGACAAGCUUUCAAUGGCGUUUUUGUUGGAAAAGCUUGAUAAAAUCGACAAGUGAUUUAGGUUAUUUAUUAGAAUAAGUUUUCUACAAAUAUACGUUUUCUAUGAA